UUAUUUUGCUUCACAGAUUCAGUGGAAGCAGCUUUCUUUCUGUGUGCAUAUGAGUUUGCUAUCCAUGAUCUGAACACAGCCUGGUGCCAGUUGUUUGACGAGGCAGAUGCACAGGUGAUGGAGUAUGCUGCUGACCUGAAACAAUACUGGAAGCGAACCUAUGGGCAUGAUAUCAACAGCAAGUCUAGCUGCAUCCUCUUCCAUGAUCUUUUCCAUCGUCUUGACCAAGUUGUAGAUCAGAUCAAUUCAGAUGGUGCUCUGUCGGAGGCUGUGACAGUGCAGGUGGGCCAUGCUGAGACCCUGUUACCCCUCCUUUCCUUGCUGGAUCUGUUCAAGGAUGAUAUCCCUCUCAGCUCAACUAACUUUGCAACCCAGAAGAAGAGAAUAUUAAGAAGUGGGAACAUUGUGCCAUACGCUGCGAACCUGCUGGUAGUGCUGUAUAAAUGCCCGGAGGGGAUUAGAAUGGGUGUGCGACUCAAUGAGAAAUCUUUGACCUUGCCUGGACUCACCGACCCUGUCCCAAUGUACGAGGAUGUGAAGAAACGCUACGGGGCUCUGCUCGAGGGUUGUGACCAAGAGACUGUGUGUAAAAUUAACAAUUAAUGAACAUAAAUGUACAACACAUCACAAAGGCCAGUUGACUGACAUUUUCAUAGAAGCAACAACUAGCAAAAAGGAAACAAAAUGUCUUUUAAAUAGGUUAUACAACAUUUUACUGUUGAUUGAACAUUAAAUGAAAGAAAAUAUUGUUAUAUAUUAAUUAUAUAUAUAUCCAAAUAUGAUCCCACAGUGUUACUUUCUAGUGUUAUGGACCUGUAAGAGACCUCAAAUUCCAAAGCUGACAAAUCAGCUGCUCUGACCAACCAUCCAAUCCAAAAAAAAAAACAUUUUGACAUCUCACACAUGCUGUAUUUCUAAGCGAUGAACCAUCGACUGUACUUUGUUUACAUGACUGAAUGGUAAAUUGCUAGUUUUGGUUGACGGUC